UCUUUUAGUGACGCAUAUUUCGCGCGAAGCUUUGUUUGGCACGUUAGAUUGAAAGAGACGAGGGUAGAAAUGAGUAAAAAAGAUAACGGCUCCACUCUCAUCCUGUCUUAUCUGAAUGAGAAGAACCGUCCUUACAGUGCCCAGGAUGUCUUCUGUAAUUUACAAAAGCAGCAUGGGUUGGGAAAAACGGCAGUGGUCAAGGCCAUGGAGCUGCUGGCUUUGGAGGGCAAGAUAAAGGAAAAAGCCUAUGGCAAGCAAAAGAUCUAUUUUGCAGAUCAGUCUCAGUUCAAAGACGUGAACGAUGCAGACCUGAAGGCCAUGGACAGGCAGAUCUCAGAGCUCAGUGCAGAGGUGCAGUCUCUCACCCAGACCUGCAGACAGCUAGACGCAGAGCUGAAGGAGCUCAACAGCUCCCUGACAACUAAGGAAAUUCAGUCAGAGAUCCAAGAGCUGAAAGCGGAGUGUUCUGGGUACAGAGGACGUCUGGAGAAGAUUAAGUCCGCCACAAAUCAUGUCACACCAGAAGAGAAAGAGAAGGUUUGCAAAGAGCGGAACGUUUAUGUGAAAGAGUGGAAAAAGAGGAAGAGAAUGGCGUCGGACAUGAUGAACCAAAUUUUGGAAGGGUACCCCAAGAGCAAGAAGGAGUUUCUGGAUGAAGUUGGAGUGGAGACUGAUGAGGACUGUAAGGUGGUUGUCCCCAGCACUUGAAAGAAUCUGAAAAAUGUCUGUUCAUCCACUUCCUCAAUGUAAGCCUGUACAGUGCUAAGAUACUUAAGCAGUCUGAGUGACAACAUCGUCUUUAUUUAAAGCGUUUCUUUUGAAAACGUACAUCUUUCAUAAAAGGUGAAUGGAGUUUGUUUUUUUACUGCUAGUAUGUUGUAAAAAAUGUAAAAAGAAUGACAAGUUGUCCAUCUUCCUGUUUAGUUUGUUUACCAACUUUUGCACUGUUUCUUCAUUCAGUCUUGCUGCCGAGUUAUUAAAUGCUAUGAUUGUAACGUU